AUGCUUGGGGCUCUGGCUGCUGGCUUCCUGGCGUCCAGGUUUGAUCACCGUCUCCAGCUGUUCCUCAGCCUGGCGGUCGGAUGUGUCACGGUGGCAGCCAUCCCGCAGGUUCAUAAUCUCUUCUACAUGUACUUCAUGGUCUUUGUGUUCGGCCUAACCCGAGGACUGGUGGUAUGCUUUGUGAUGCAGAUAUGCGGCGAGCUGUGGGAGAAGAAAGGACCACCAUUCCAGUUCGUGGCUUGUGGAACAUCAGUGGGGGCCAUUUUGGCUCCUUUAAUCGCCAAGCCCUUCCUUUGCCCAUAUCAGACAGCCCCAACCGAUUCCGUCAACCAGAGCACAUCAUUGUCUCUCACCAAUUCAACCAGUCUUGUGCACGUAUUGGACUCGAUCAUCUCCGAGCAGGGUGUGGGAAUGAACACCGAGUGUACGGCCGAAGAUACCCGAGUGCAAUGGGCCUUCCUAGUUCUGGCUUGCUACAUGCUCCCCGCGGCAUUAUCACAGCUGUACUACUGGCUGUUUUAUCGAGCUAUCCGACUUCAACAGGUUGCCAAGACACCGGACUAUGUUGAACUCGACCAUCAAGAAGAAUUCAAGUUCAAACCCAUCCAUCUCGUCUUCUUCUUUGCCCUAUGUGUCAUGUACAUUCUUCUCAGUUCAUUACCAGCAACCUAUUCCGCCAUCUUGACCGUGUACGGAGUUACAGGGCCAUUGCGCAUGUCCAAGGAUGAUAUGGUGACGAUGACGUCACUGUUCUGGUUGGGAUCAUUGGUCUGUAGGCUCUUAAGUGGGUUCUACACUCGGCGGUUCUCCAACUUUCAAGUUAUUACAGCUCAUUUGUCAGGCCUGGUUGUCGUCGGGAUCAUCUUCGUCAGUCUAGGGAGCAGGUUUCCUGUCGCGCUGUGGAUAUUAUCGCCAACAGUAGGAUAUUUCUCCGCACCCUACCUUGCUGGUGUUCUGGCGUGGGUAACAGACUUUCUACAUCUGCAUCCGAAAAUUACUUCCCUUUGCUUUCUGGCAUCCGGUGCUGGUAACAUGCUCUUCCCCUUCUUUGGGGGCAUCCUGUUCAAUGACUACGGUCCCUACACCUACCUGUAUUUGAUUUUCAGUAUCAUGCUAGGUAUCGCAGUUACAUAUGCUUGCUUGGCCUCCCUCUCUAAGGCCCUGCCGUUGUCUAAGGACAGAUCUAAUGACCAUGAUUAG